ACUAUUUCGAAAAAUGCUCCACAUCCUCGGAAAUCUGAAGAAGCUCUUCAAGGUUCGGAAGGUGCACACCGACGGCAAUGUCUUCCGCCUUCACACCGUCGUCACGGUCGCCUUCUUAAUGGCCUUCGGCACGAUCCUCACCACGAGGGAGUACGUGGGGACGCCCAUCGACUGCCACUGUCCGACUGUUCCGAAGAGCGUGGUCGACUCGUUUUGCUGGGUCGAGUCCACCUUCAGCUUUCGCCCCCUCUUCAACGCGUCUUACAACGCGAGCGUCGUCUACCCAGGCGCCGGUCACAAGCCUCCCAGAAGGGGACUCGGAGACCGCAAGUACCACACGUACUACCAGUGGAUCUGCUUCCUCAUGUUCGCCCAGGCGCUGUGCUUCUACGCACCCCGCUGGCUGUGGAAGGCCUGGGAAGGCGGCAAGGUUUCCGCCAUCGUCGCCGCACUCGACAUACGUUCCGCCAUGACGCAGAACAGCGCCGAACUUCGGUCCCAGAUGGUGGACUUCCUGGUGCUCAACAUGAGCCACAAUCGCUGCUUUCUGGUCAAGUACCUCCUGUGCGAACUUCUCAGUGUCGCCAACGUCAUAGCCCAGGCGGCCUUCACCGACUACGUUCUGGGAGGAGGGUUCCUGACCUACGGCUGGGACCUAGUUCGCUGGCAUCGCGGCGAGGACCACCGGGAGUUCGUGAGUCCGGCCGUGAUAGCGUUCCCGCGCAUCGCCAUGUGUACUUUCCUCAAGUACGGCCAGUCCGGGUCGAUCGAGAACCUCGAGGCCAUAUGCGUUCUCCCGCUCAACAUCAUCAACGAGAAAGUCUUCGCAUUCCUGUGGUUCUGGUACGCGACCAUGCUGUUCGCUGGCGUGUUGGCAGUGUCCUACCGCGCGUUGCUGUUGGUGAACGUGCCGCUCAGGCGUCGACUUCUCAGCUGGCGUUAUCCGGACAGUCGGCGCAUCGCGGCCCUCGUCUCAGCCAUUUCAGCCGGCGACGUCUUCCUGCUAAGCCUGGUGGGACAGAACGUAGACUCGCUCGUCUUCAGCCAGCUGGUGGCGGAACUGUCACGCAGGUUGAUCAACACGAUCAACGUGCCGCCCGUCGUGAUGCCGUCCGCUCCACUGCCGCAUUGA